GAAAUGAUCACCAAAACUCAGAAAGUAGACCUGGAUAUUGGGCUUCCAGAGAAAAAGAAGAAGAAGAAGGAGGAGGAGGUAGUCAAAGAACCAGAGACUCAAUACUCAGGUGUAAAUGAUAAGAAUUAUUUUGCUGAUAAUUCUGUGAGGACCACAUCCCACUCUAGGACUGUAAGCCAAGAGCAGAUGUCCCAUAUACCCUUGUUGAAGAAAAAAAAGAAGAAAAAGACAGGCCACAGCAACUUUUAUGAAGAACUCCCAGAAUCUGAGCUCACAUCACAAGCGAGACAGACAGAGAAGUCACCCAGCCCCAGGAAGCAGGCCUUUGACCACUCAGAGUCCUUCAGUGGGAAGAAAAAGAAGAGGAAGACCUUGCCUUUGGCCACAUCAGAGGGCUCAGAGGUAAAGACCUCCCCUGACCCCAGUCUGGGUGAGGAGACAACCAGAGUUUGCAAGAAGCCCAAAAAACACAAGAAGGAAAGAAAGGACCAGGAUACCACAGCCUGUUCUGUCCAGGACCCUUGGCUCUGUGAGGCAGGAGAUGCUACGUAUGGAUGCAUGGUGGAGAAGGGGGCUGAGGAGCAGGCAUCCUCGGGGCAGAAAGGGAAGCAGGGCAGCUCCAGAGAACACAGCAGGAAAGUGAAGAAGAAGAAAGUGCACCAGGAAGAAGACACCCUCCCAGGCCAUUCUGAGCUCUCCAGGUCCAUGGAGACCAACCCUAGGAAAGGAAAGAAGAAGAAGCCAGUCAGAAUUGAGGUUGUAGAGUACAUCCCACUAGGAGAUCACCCUAAAGCCAGAGUGAAGAAGAAAACAAAGGCUAAGAAAAAGGAAGAAAAUCCAGUUGUUGAGCUGGCUCAGAAAAGGAAGAAAAAGAAGAAGAAAGAGAGCACGGUAACAGUAGACCCCUUGGAGGAGGAGCCAGAUACAGACCUGGAGGUGGUGAUGGAGAAGAAAGGCAACAUGGACGAGGCACACAUAGACCAGGUGAGGCGAAAGGCCUUGCAGGAAGAGAUUGAUCGGGAGUCAGGCAAGACAGAAGCAUUUGAACCCAGGAAGUGGACGGGAACCCAGUUUGGCCAGUGGGAUACUGCAGAUUUUGAAAACAAGGAACAGAAACUGAAAUUUCUCAAACUUAUGGGUGGCUUUAAGAAUCUGUCCCCUUCCGUCAGCUGCUCCCCUUGCAUGACCACAAGGCCCAACAUGGCCCUUGGCAAGGUAGCAGCUGACACCCUGCAGCAGAAGUUGCAGCAGGACUACGACCGGGCCAUUAGCUGGAAGUACAACCGGGGUGCUGGACUUGGCUUCUCUGCCACCUCCAACAGAGUCUUCUACAUUGACAAGAAUGCAUCUAGGUCUGUCAGGUUGGAAGAUUAA